AUGGCCGAAGAAGACUUUAGUACGGGGGACCUGUUCCAGGAUCCCGAGGGGUUCUAUCCCGAUGAACCCCCGCCCUCAUUCGCCGAGCACCAGAUGCUGUCUGGGAAAACGGUGCGCGUGCGUCUCGUGGGCAGCCACCCACUCUAUGCCAAUCUUCUCUGGAAUGCCGGCCGGACAAGCUCGCACUACAUCGAGGAGCGGACUGACCAGCUGAUUCGGGACAAGGAUGUUCUCGAAAUUGGCGCGGCCGCGGGCGUUCCAAGUAUCGUGAGCGCCAUUCAAGGCGCACGCACCGUUGUCAUGACCGAUUACCAUGACCCGGAAUUGGUGAACAACAUGCAACACAAUGCCGAGCUGUCCGCCCACCUGAUUCCCGAGGCACCCGAGUCUCGAAAGAGGCUCCAUGUCGAGGGGUACAAAUGGGGAAAUCCGGUGGAACCCCUUCUCGCACACCUGCCUCCUACCGCCGAUGGCGCGCCGUCUGGAUUCGAUGUCCUGAUCAUGGCCGAUGUAGUAUAUGCUCAUCGCGAGCACGGGAAUCUGGUCAAGACCAUGCAGCGGACUUUGAAGAAAGAUCCGAAUUCUGUUGCCCUUGUCAUUUUCACACCUUACGAGCCGUGGCUACUGCCUCAGACGGAGCGUUUCUUCCCCAUGGCCGAAGCCGGUGGUUUUACAGUGACCAAAAUCUUUGAAAAGCUUAUGGGCGAAGUACUCUUCGAGAAUGACCCCGGUGACGAGAGGCUCCGGCGGACUGUGUUUGGAUACGAGCUUCGAUGGGCACCGGAUCAAUUGGGAGGCUGUGCUUCCAAGGCCGCUUAA